AACUCAUGCAGUCUCUCAGCAGCAUACAAACAACUGUGUGCAUUCUCCAGUCUCAAGUGUAUUGGUCGAAUUACGGGACUCCUUCACUUGCUGUAAAUAAUUCGUGGAGUGAUGCGGCCUUUCUUCUAGUUUUAAACCGAAAAGUCUUGUAAAUUUUUCCAACGUUUUGUUAAAUAUUGUUCUGAACAAUAAUAAUGGCGGGACCUUCGAGUGACCUGAGAGUGCUAAGUUUUGUGACGAUUGUCUCCGUGUUGGCAUCUUUUUGCAACUGUAACAAUGCCGAGUUCCCAGCAAAAGACCAGGAAACCAGCAUCAAACGAUUGUCAAAUGACGUCACACCUGCCAGCUACAUUAUCAGGAUGAAUAGUACAUUGUAUCCAGUUUUCAUAAGCAACGGAGAAGUAAUUAUUGAUUUGACAGUGAAAUCGGCGGCUGAAAAUAUCACACUCCACGCUCGCAAACUGGAUAUUAUUAGUGUGAUGAUAUUGGAAAAGCAUCGAUUCAAAAAAUAUAAGAUCGAUCGCAGUGACCCCACAAACGUUCUAGACAUAGUGAGGAAGGCGGGUGACAUAAAGUCGUUCACAUUGGACGAUAAAGGUGGACUCCUGGAGAUUCCGGCCCUUAGCCCUGGGGAGAAGGGAGCCUCCUAUUUCAAAUCGGGCGACUACCUGCUUUAUGUCCGGUUCAAUGCUAUGAUUGGUGACCUGGCGCAAGGCUACGGACUGUAUAGGGAUAGCUAUGAGGACGGCAAUCAAACAAGAUGGUUGAUGAGUACAGUCUUCGAGACAUCUCGAGCGCGUACAGCUUUUCCUUGCUUCGAUGAGCCGAGUCUCAAAGCACGCUUCAAAAUUAUUCUGGGAAGAACCACAGACCAAGUGGCUCUGGCUAAUAUGCCUUCUAUCAAAUCGUAUCCUAUGGACGGCACCUCGGACCUAAUGUGGGAGCACUUUGAAGAGACGCCUCCGAUGUCCACCUACUUGGUGGCCUUCUUUGUAGGCGAGCUGACCCCCCACACGGGGCGACGUGGCGGCCUCACAGUGUGGACCAGUCCGGCCACCCACGCUGCCCAAGUGGUGUGGAGUGUGGACGAGGGCUAUCGGGCUCUCUACCACAUGCAGAAUGUGUUCGAUUUGGACAACCCUCUGCCCAAGACUGACUUGCUCGCUGUGCCCCAUUUUGAUGUGGCUGGGGCGGUCGAGAAUUGGGGCUUGAUUACUAUCAGGGAAGACAUUCUGACAGUUUCGAACAACACGGGCCAAGCUCUGAGGAGGCGAAUGACAAUCCUGGCCCAUGAGUUGGCUCACACCUGGUUCGGCAACUCGGUCACUCCCAGCUGGUGGGACGAGGUCUGGUGGAGUGAGGGGUUCGCCUCCUAUUAUGCUACCAGGAUUGUACAAAAGCUGAGACCUGACUGGGAUGUGAUAGGCUGGGACAGUGUUGACUUCUUGUCGGAAACUUGGAAAUUGGAUUCGAAGCCUGAAGUGCGCUACUUGGCUAAGCCUGUCCAAGCUAAUGAUGAACUCAACUUUGGGAAUUUGGUCUACUGUAAAGGAUUUCUAGUAGCCAGAUUCGCAAGCUGGAUAACCCAGAGGGCAGCCACUUUCGAUAAAGCGGUCGGCAAAUAUCUAAAAGAGAAUCAGUUCGGGCUCUUCAACGACAAGAAGAUGUGGAGGACCAUUGAAGAGGCGGUUGUCGCUAAGAAUAACUCAAUUAUGGAUUUGCCAGCUCCGUUGGCCACCAUUAUGAGAUCAUGGACUCAUCAGGCUGGCAUGCCCUUGAUUAGGGUGGUGAGGACGAAUUCUGGACAGAUAAUUAUUACACAGGAGAGGUAUACGGAGAAAAUGAAAGCUGGAAACGAAACAAAACCAAAAAAGUCAACAGAUGAAAAAUGGUGGAUUCCAAUUGAACUUGAGUUGGGGAUCGGAGCUCGGCGAACUUGGUUCUAGAAACUUCUAGUCAAAAUAACGAGUCUCAAUAUUCUAGAAAGAGGCAAGCUCCACUGGUGUCUCUUGAGAAGCAAAUUCACUGGAUGAAUCCGUUAGAUGAGAGGUUGGAGAUCAGGGAUCUAGAUGAGGAUCAUUCUUCGUGGGCUCUGAUCAACUUGAAUGUACCAGUCCCUUGCCGCAUAAUGUACGACGAAUGGAACGUGGAGAUGUUGACGAGGAACGACCUAAAACGCUUGACAACCGUUGGCCUGGCGCAGAUAAUCGCUGACGUGGCGUCUCUGGCGUUGGCCGGCGAGUACCGGCUGUCUGUGGCGUUGCGGCUGAUUGGUGACGUGUUGCAGACCACUGACAGCUUUGCCGUGUGGCGUAUUGGGCUGGUCAACGCCCACAAGAUUGAGUAUCAGCUCAAGGGCACUUUCGCUCAUCAGCUGUAUCAGCAAUUCAUGCAGCAAAUAAUCGGCUGGCAGUUCAAGCGGCUGAAGAUCGCGAGCGAUGCGGGCGAAGCGGGGCUGUCGAUGAACGACCGACUGCUGCGGUUUGAGGUGGCCGAGACCGCCUGUGCAGUUCGCCUCAGGGCGUGCCUCAUCGAGGCCAACAAUAUAUUCCGCCGCUGGAUCGACAAUACCACCAAACCCGAGGAGCAUAACUUCAUAAGACACGAUGUGAGAACGACAGUGUACUGCACAGCAAUUGAAUUGGGAGGGGAGAGAGAAUGGCUCUUCCUGUGGGAGCAACUGCAAGGGAAAAGGACGCAUAUCGAUCAGGAAGAGAGAAGGAGAAUAUUGGACGCUCUGGCUUGCUCAAAGAACCAGCAGAUUUUGAAAAGGUAUUUGGAUUCCUCACUGCAAACGAAUUCUAGCGAUCAUCUCAGGAAUUUCAAAGAGAGGAGAGCUGUUUUUAAUUCGGUUCUGAAAAACGUUGAUGCAGUGGAUCUGUUGAUGGACUUUAUGCAGGAGAACAGAGACAAUAUGAAGAGAGUUUAUUCUAGGUCUGAGAAGCGGUUUAAUUGGAAACGAGCUGUCACUCUAUUGGCUUCCUUUGUCUCAACCAAUCAUAUCACAAAGCUGGAGAAACUUACCAGAAACACGCAAAUUCUGAACAAGGCAAGAAAGAUCAUCAAAUGGAGGAGUGAAAAUAGCCAGGAGAUGGCAGAGUGGCUGAAAAGGGUGAUUGUGUGAUCUCGAGACCCAAACUUGGCGAA